UCUGAUUUAGUUAUUAAUGUGUUGUAAGAGAGAACGGGCUGGAAAUAAUGAAGUCAUCUAAAAAGUUACUUACAGAUAAGCUACUGGUGCUACUGGUUGUGCUUUAUAGUUCGAUUGUUGGCAUGUGUGCUUAUAAGGUGCCUGCCGUUAAAGUUGAUCCCUUGAUAAACGGCUUUCGUGUGUCCAUAGCAGAUGAUCAUGACAUAAAAAGCGUGGCAUUCAAUGUGAAUCGUAAUCGAAAUUUUACGGGGUUUGAGGAAGGCGAGUUUACCGCGCAAGUAAGAGAGUCACAAGAUGCACGUUGGCAAUAUGAUUUUGAGCGAGUUCCUUUAAGGGCGCAUGAUACUCUUUAUGUAUGGACUAGCGUUCAACACGGAAAUGCGAUUUUUCGUGACCAGAGUCAGAAGUUUCAGGUUUGUCAACUACAUGGCGUUCAUUUGCCUGCAGACUGUUUGAAAAAACCUAAUCUGCAAAAAGAACCAACAGCGAAGGAAAAUGAAAUUAACAGAGGAUCGCCGUCAACUUCUUGUUCGUUACACUUGCAAAGUGAAACGGAGAUGUCACCUUCCCCAACCCAACCACCUUGUAAAGGUCAAUUGAUAUUCGAAGAGGAAUUCGACCAAUUAAACGAGAGCCGUUGGCUUCAUGAUGUGCGUGCUCCACUUGACAGUACCGAUGCUGAAUUUGUGUUGUAUGAUGGAAAGGCACGUGUUCUUGACAGCCAGCUUAUCAUCGAGCCCAUACUGUGGUCGAUUUAUCGACCAGACUUGCACAUAGCCAAUGCACAGUUAGAUUUAUCUGAUAGGUGCACAGGGACACACAAUAAGCAAAAUGAAUGCGUUCUGCUAACUAGAGGACCACUCAUCAUGCCCCCAGUGGUGGCUCCCCGGCUGAGCACUAAGGAAUCAUUUGCUUUUAAAUACGGUCGCAUCGAAAUACGGGCAAAGUUCCCGAAGGGCGAUUGGUUGGUGCCUUUAUUGCUGCUGCAGCCGCUAAUGGAGGCAUAUGGUCAAACUGGCUAUGAAUCUGGUCAGUUGCGUGUGGCAAUGAUACGUGGCAACCAACACCUACGCCUCCCCCAUGGUAAACUCAUCGAUGGUCGCACCGUUUUCGCCGGAGCUGUGCUCUCGACAGAAGCUUCACAACGCGAAGAUUUUAUGGUCCAACAGCGACGUAGCGUACACUUUGGUGACGAAUUUCACCUUUACAGCCUAAUAUGGAGCAGUCAAAGCUUGCGAUUUUUAAUUGAUGGCCAAGAGUACGGUAAACCUUUAACUGGCUUUGCAGAAUCUAACCUAAAUCCAAGCUGGCAUCGGGGAGGGCCCAUGGCACCCUUUGAUCGCAUGUUUUACAUCACUCUGGGCCUCUCCGUUGGUGGCUUCGGCGACUUUGUUGAUGAAUUGCGGACUUCUAGCUUUGAAAAGCCUUGGAUAAACAAACACCCACAAGCUAAGCUUAAUUUUUGGCAAAGCCAGGAUCAAUGGUUACCCACUUGGAAGCAACCGACCUUACUGGUCGAUUAUGUCCGCGUUUAUGCAAUAUAAUUUAUUUAUGUCUGAAAUAAAGUUCUACCCGUUAUUAUUAAUUUAUA